AUGAGUGCUCUCUCGGACGAACGCGUAGCGAAGCGCAGAAAGGUUCGCAAAGGUACACACAGUUGCUGGGAAUGUAGGCGGAGAAAAGUCAAGUGUACCUUCUCGUCUCUGCAUGAUUCAAUAUGCAUAACAUGUCAACGUCGAGGCACGAAAUGCAUCAACCAAGUAAUCUUGGAGCAACCGGAAAUGGCUGAGAGCGUUACAGGAGAUGCUGAGCAAGACGCUUCUGUUAGUACACCGCUAGUGGGCGAGAGUGGUGUUCGCUCUCAUCCAGGUGCUAUUGCUGGCAGUUUACCGCCGUCUUCCUUUGCAAUACAUACGAGACCGGCAUCGCCAGUGCAUGGCAAACAAAAAGAUGCAUUCACUCGCCUACAGACUGAGGAAUUACCAAACCAAUUCACGACACUUCGAUCUCCACCAACGACAAUCUCAAGCCAUGGCUCUAUUCCGGAGGCUUCCGCAUAUCAGACUAUCACUCAAGCUCUAAGAAGCUCUCUCCCUCCUCAGAAAGACAUUGAAAUCCUGCUCGAAAACCUCAGCAGCAUGUCCAUCUUUUGCUACCAGUCCAGCUUCAAGCUAUGCAGCUCGUGGCCGAGCGAAAUGGCCAAAGGGCAAAUGCCAGUAGCCAAUCUCCUAUAUUCGGAAAGCCACCCAGUCUUGUUGGCAAGGCAGAUGCUGCUUUUCGCAGUAGGAUUGCAACACCUAUCUCCCACAAAAGCGAUACCCGGGCUCACUAAGCAUCAUCGCGCCAUCAUGGAGCAGCUAGCAGACUCAGCCAUCAAGCUGGUGAAUACGAAUGACGUCUUGCUGGGUACCUUGGAAGGUCUCGAAAACCUCAUUCUUGAGGGCUUUUAUCAUAUAGAUGGUGGCAACAUCCGAAGAUCCUGGAUCACGAUGCGCCGUGCUGUCAUGACAGCACAGCUAUUGAGCUUGCAUCGACCAGGUCACUAUCGCUUCAAAGUCGUCAACCAACAAAGCGAUCUGGAUCCUGCGGUCAUGUGGGCCUGCGUUGUUUCCACAGAGCAAUUUUUAUGCUUGCUACUGGGUCUUCCCACAAGCACCAGCGGUGCGAGUUUUACAAUCCCCAGAGCAACUAGCGCUUGUGUCGAGAGCGGAAACUUGCCCGUACUUAUCCCGGAUGUGGUACAGAAAAUUAUCGAACGAAAUCAGAUGCAAGCACCCCAGCAGGCACUUGACAUGACUCAGGAGAUCGAUCAAGAGCUCUUGAAGGUCACUGAGCAAUGGCCACCUGCAUUCUGGCGGCCAUUACAAUUCGCGGGUCUUGAAGUAAACUCGGUGGAUGCCUUCUGUGAAACUCGACGAGCUUGGGACCAUAUAUUUUAUUAUUCUUUAGUCAACCAGCUCCAUCUGCCAUACAUGCUAAAUCCAAGGCAUAUCUCACAGAGGGUAUACUCGAGAAUCGCCUGCGCAAGCGCCAGCCGUGAAAUUUUGAUCCGACAGAUUGCCAUCCGUACGUUUAACCCUAUCACAGCAGGCUGUCGGAUGAGCGAUUUUGUCGCUCUGAUUGCGGGCAUGACACUGAUGCUCGCCCAUAUCUUGAGCCACUGUAACCAAGGUACAGAAAAACUACUCAUACACCACCGGGUUGGAGACCGAGCGGCGGUGAAGCGGGCUCUUGAAUGCAUGGAAUCCAUGUUGGAGCUCCAUGAGGAUGCCCUCACAUCUAAAUGUGCUACCCUACUGAACAAUUUACUGGAUAUUGAGGCAGGGUCUACAGAGAGCCAUCCAAAUGACGGCCAAAAUGACGGCCAGAACGUGUUGAUAGUGAAGGUGCCCUACGUUGGUGUCAUCAGAAUUGCGCGGGACGGUAUUUCUAUCACACCCUGCGACAUGGAGCAGGAGCAAGGCCCAAAUGAUGGUGUUAUAAUUGGGGGCUUUGGAUCUAUCCAUGUCGGAACACCAAGCGAUUCCGAUCGUCAUAUUGAUGUGGUCACAUCCGAUGCUGCAGCCCCACCAGCAACCACGCAGGCCGUGAGGCCCUCAUCAGCGCGGAAGCACGGGGGAUUGGCUGCCCAGGUCACCUCUGGAGAUGCUUCCGCCCUGUCAGAAGAGACAUUUCCCGAUGCUUCUGGCGGCAUGGAAGAUUGGCUUUUCCAAGGCCUCGACACUGCGUUCUUUGAUGUGCUGAUGAGCGGAGCUGGGGAGCAACCGCUGAAUGGCACUGAAACUGAAGGAUGGAACUUUACAAUGUCCCCAUGA